AAUUUUCCUUAAUGGUAAAUUAACAUCAGGAACUUAGAAGGAAGCUGAAUAUUCUGACCCGUCCCAGUGGAAUUUCAGUGGACAGCCCCAAACUUGAUGGACCUCUGUUACAGAUUUUAUUUAUGAACAAUGUAAUUUCUAAGCAGUAUCAUCAAGAAAUUGAAGAUUUUGUUUUUAAUUUAGUCCAGAAAUAUCAAGAGCAGAAGAGAAGUGAACAUGAAAAAACACACUUCAAUGUUAAGCCACAGCCUUCCAGUGUUCUUUUGGAAGAGGACUAUAAAACAGCAAGCUCGAAUUCUGCUAAAAAAAUAAAAGAAGCUUUUAGUGUUGUAGGAAGUGUUCUGUAUUUUACCAAUUUUUGUCUCGAUAAACUGGGACAGCCUAUAUUAAAUGAGAAUCCACAGCUGACAGAAGGAUGGGAAAUACCUAAAUAUCAGCAAGUUUUCAGCCAGAUUCUCUCCCUAGAUGGACAAGAAAUACAAGUAAAACCAAAAAGCAGGCCGAAACCCCAUUGUUUCAAUUGUGGUUCUGAAGACCAUCAAAUGAAAGACUGUCCACAGCCACGAAAUGCAGCUCGUAUAAGUGAGAAGCGAAAGGAGUUUAUGGAAGCUUGUGGUGAAGCAAGCAAUCAAAAUUUUCAGCAGCGUUACCAUGCAGAAGAAGUAGAAGAGAGGUUUGGAAAGUUUAAACCAGGAGUAAUUAGUGGGGAGCUUCAAGAUGCACUUGGUGUCACAGAUAAGAGUCUUCCCCCAUUUAUAUAUCGCAUGCGUCAGCUGGGUUACCCUCCAGGCUGGCUCAAGGAGGCUGAAAUGGAGCACUCAGGACUUGCGCUUUAUGAUGGAAAAGAUGAUGAUGGAAUGGAAGAUGAAGGAUCUUGCCAACCAAAACGCACCACUUAUGAUCUCUCGAAAUUGAUAAACUAUCCAGGCUUUAAUACAUCCACUCCAAGUGGAAUCCCAGAUGAAUGGCAGAUGUUUGGUUCCAUCCCUAUGCAGCCAUCUCAACAGAAGGAUGUUUUUGCUCACUACCUUUCUAAUUUUCAUGCGCCAAGUCCAAAAUCUAGCACUAAAAGGGCUGCAUCUCAGUCAAGGUCUCUUCAUUCAAAACGACUUAAAGAUGACAAUUUGGAAGUACCAGCAGCUGACAUGGACCUAGACUCUGAUCUGGAAGCAUCACAAAGAUCUCAAACUCCCAACAGUUUUCAGUUCCAACCUCCACUGCCACCUGGACAUCCAUCAACUCCUCCUCCUUUACCACGAGGAACACCUCCACAAAAUCUUACACAGUCUCAACCUUCAGUGGCCACCCGUACCCCUCAUCCUAGGACUACUCCACCACAGAAUGCUUCUGGUGAUAUUUCUCAGGCAAAAAUUGUGGACUCAGUCAUGGAUGAGGAUACCCUGACCUUGGAAGAGCUGGAGGAACAGCAGCGAUUAAUCUGGGCAGCACUAGAGCAGGCAGAAAGCACAAACAGUGAUUCUGAUAUUCCUGUUGAUACACCUUUAACUGGAAAUUCUGUGACAUCAUCGCCAUCUAGGAAUGAAGUAGAUAUUGUUGCAGAAGUAAGAUCAUCUGAUAAGGUGAUUACAGUGGAAACUAGGUUAUCUGACAUCUGUGAGCAGGUACCAGAAAAUGAACCUUCUAUAGCUAGUCCUAGUCCAGGAGAUGGUUCACUUAAUGUAAAGGAAAAUCCUGAUAAUGCAGAUUCUGAAGGUUUACUGGAUAACACCGUACCUGCUCCCAGCUGUGAGAUUAACAAUGAACAAAAUACCAGUGAUAGUAAAGUGGUCACAAGCAUUGAAUCGUCAACAAAAAACACCAGUCUUCCUGACAUGAGCAAGUUUGCUGCAGGCAUAACACCAUUUGAGUUUGAAAAUAUGGCAGAAUCAACAGGUGUUUAUCUACGAAUAAGAAGCGUGUUAAAGAAUUCCCCAAGAAACCAGCAAAAGAAAAAGACUUCCUCUUAAUGGGUCUUCCUUUUGUUCAUGAUGUCCAAAUCCCUGCUUCCUUCUUUCCUCCUCCAAUUUUACAAACUCAGUUUUACAAAAACUUCUUCAUCCUUUUGUGGAAAGGAGAAAAUG